CAAAGUUAAGUCCAUGGACAGUUGUGAGGAGACCUGCGACACUGUUCUGAUGGCCAGGGGAAACGUUUGCGAACUCUCCGCCACAGUCAAACGGGCUAUCGGAAAAAUCGAGGCAGCACAGCUGGUUCGUGCAAGACAGGAAGUUGCGGACCGCUUAAAAGACAUUCUGGAAAAAGUUAAUUUUGCACUGAACAGCGCAAGAUGUGACCACCACCAAAUGCGAAACGUCUCCUUUGCCUCUGAGGAAAAGGAAAGGGAGUGGUUGACAGAUGCAAUCACGGAGUUCGCAACUAGCACAAGCAUCAAAGAGGAAAUCCUAAAGUUUAUUCUCCAAUGGCUGUCAGACAGCAAUCAAAUUUUAAUUGAUGAAGAAGAGAUGGAGGAGGAUGAAGAACUUGAGAAAUUGUCAACAGAAUGGAUUGCGGAAGUUAACUUGAAGGUGCAAUCAAGCCUGGCUUCCUCCCAAACCUGCAUAGAUUAUCUAUAUUUCCUAUCCAAAGCCCUGUUUCGCCUUCAACGUAGACAUUUAAAAUCAAGAUCAACAGAACCUGGCGAUAAACAACCCACUGGCAAACGGUGGAGGCAGAAAAAGAUGGAAUCCAAAUCGCUCGUGUAUUUCCAGGAUAUGCAACCAAUGAGCACUGCAACAAUGCUGGAACCACACAUUGCAAAACAGUUGGAAGCAGCAGUGGGAGAGAUUAAUAUUGUAUUCACAAACAUCACAAAGUAUCUUCCUUUCAAGAAGGUCCAGACAAUUGCCUUCAGAUACAUUGGAAAAUUCAUAGGGAAUCUUUACAAGGCAUUUCUCGUUCGUUCACAUGAAUAUUUUGAGGUGGAAAAUGAACUAAGAAAGGCUGAGUCUUUUGGAUCCCAGAGAUCUGAAUGUAAUCUGGUUACUGAGGUGAAAGGUCUUCAAGAACACAGCUGUGCCCUCAAAACACGGGCAGAAUUAGCGGAAUAUCAUUACAGGGAGGUGUCCAGCAUGAACCGUGACCUGGAAAAAAACAUCAAAUGUUUGAGGUCCAAAAUUGAGCAGCUACAAAAUGGUGAGAAAGUCACUGCUGAUUUGCUAGUGAGCGCAAAGCAGGCGAGCAAAACAAGUAAAAGUAAAGCACUGGUGAAAAAAUCAAAACAUCUCUCCAGUGAGGAGCCCAAAAAUAUUAUUUUUGACAGGCAUGAUACAACUACAGACCAAAGGGUUGUCCCAGGGGAAAGCAUUCCCAUUGGAGAAUCAGAGGAACAAAAGGCUGGCCGGGAAGUAUCCAAGAAGGAAAACAUUCCCUUUGAUGAACCUACAGGGGAAAGUAUUCCCAAGGAACUUACCAUUGGAAGGAUAACUCCAAUAUUAACCAAAUUCGAAACAGUGCUUAGUGAAGCAGUGAAGGGAAAAAUGUUUAAAUCCAACUCGAAUGCAGGAAAGAAUCAGAGAGCAUGGGUUCAGAAAGAAGAAUUGAAGACUCAAGCUCAGCAGAUGGUUGUGGGUUUGCUGACAGAUUUUCAAACUGCUGUUUUGUAUUCACUGGACCAUGGGUUACGCAGUGGCAAAGACCUUGCACCAGAUGAUAUCUGUAAGGUGCAUGCUCUUCUCAAGUCUGAGGAGUUAAAGAAUCUUUAUGAAGUGAUUGAGAAAGCAAUCAAAGAAAUCUCAAUGCAGAAGCUCAAACAAGAGCCAAAAGAGCAACCUGUUCAAGAUAGAAAGCCACUGGAAGAAAACUUGGCAGAGAUAUCAAAAGAAAGGGAACCUGAUUUAACCAAUUUUGCUGAACUUCUCGAGGAAGUAUCCAGAUUUGGAAUUAUUCAAGAGAUUGCCCUCGAUGAAUUGAGUGCCCAAGUUCAAUAUUUAAUCGAAGAAGCCAAACAGGACCAGAGCUUGUCGCAGGAAGAAACACACUUCCAUGAAAAGACCCUGCAAGCCUUGGACACAAUUCUAACACUGGAGAAAAUGUCCUCUCGGGCUGGAAUGGAUCAGUUAAUUAGGAUUCGAGAGACAAUCAGUAACAUAUAUUCCAGCAACAGUGCCCUUGAGCUCAAUAAAAAGGAAGUAAAACUGCAGGCAGAAUGUUACAAGGAAGGGGCUUCUCUCCCUGAAACUCCAUCAGCAACACCAGCAAAAAUAAUUCAACCCAGCGGAAAUGUCCUCCAGGCUGCCGAAGGCGAGAAAGUAGUGGACUUGUCAUAUAUUGUGAACGUGACAUAUCUCCGAUCAACCUGUAAAACUUUGGACCAAGCAGUAUGCGAUGGCAUCAUUUCCAGACAACUCCAUACCACCGCUACACACCUGAUACACAAAACGCUAUCAAUAAUUCAGCUCCGACUGGCUUAUCUGUUUCGAAAGUACAUGGCUUUCCGACAGAUCGAAAUCUUUAGAAAGUACUUGAACAGCAGGUUGUUGGAUCUAAGCAAUAAGGAUGAUGAGGUUCCUAAGGCGCUGUACAGAUUUGCCAGCAGACUCAAAACACGUUUAAUAUCCACCAUGCGGCACUGGGAAACAAGACAGCAACUGAUUAACCAGAGUCGCCAAAGACACUUGAAUCAAAUGAUCAAUGUAUUCAGUCAGGUUAAACACCACACGGGCCUAGUGUUGCUCAGUCCAUUUCUGGCCACCAGAUCACCAGACACAAAGAUGCGGAAGCAGUUUGGACCCCCGUUCCAGCCAACACUAGUGGUGGCAUCUGAGAGACCGUGUUGUCCCCAUGGUCAAGGCAAUGGUACCCCGUCUACUUUGCUCAGAACAAGGAACACCCAUUUAUGGUCAACAAAUAUUGUGGAUGGAAGUUUUCCGAUUGCCAAGAAGGACCCUGCCACCCCGAUUAUGUUCCCAGCGACGCCUAAAUUAGUGACAAUGGAUGGCAGAAAGAAUUCUUUUCGGCAAAUGGUGACGAACACGCAAAUGAGUAUUGUGGGAGAGAGCCUACACAUACCAACAAAGAGCCUUCCUAUCCCAUCGGAAUCAUAUGUCCCAUUGUUCUUGGACAAAAAUAUGGCCUUUGCCAUCGCCACAUCUUCAAACAAGUUUAAUUUCUUUCAGCAGGCAUAAAUAUGUUGCUGCAAUGACAGUUGGGCUUCCCUAUAAGAGUCAUGCUUCUGGUUCUAUUUUUGUUCUCUGUAAUGUUUUCCUUGUUUAAAUAAAAUCAAUUUAACAUCAACAGAUUUCAGUUCCUUAUUCCAGCUCUUUCACAAUGGUGAUGGUUAACAAUUGUGAAUAUUGGAACAUGAUCUUUGUGUCUGUUCUGCCAUUUGCAAACCAGCUUUACAUCCUGCAAUGGUAAGGAGCAAGCUCAGUAUCUGUUCCAGCCAGGUUCCCAAGUGUUGUUUUUCAAAUCAAACCCCGAUAAUACGUUAAUCUGCAAUCCUGGCCUCAUGCUGGUUAAACAGAUGCAAAAAUCCAACUGAACCCCUUGGAUUUUAGCAGGUUAAUUGACAUUGGGAAAUUGAAGUAUUAGCAUGUGUAAAUAUUAGGAGAUGCAAGGAAGCACAGAUGCUGGUUAACCAACAAUACACAAAGUGCUGGAAUAACUCAGCAGGUCAGGCAUUUCUAGAGAACAUAGACAUAUGACGUUUCGGGUUGGGACUCUGCCACUGUA